ACAGAGAGAGAAUAAUAAAUAAAUAAAAUGUUGAAAAGCUGGUCCCGCCAUGGCUACAACAAGGUGGCUAAGUCAAAGUUUGGAGCUUUGGAAGGCCACCCUGCGGCUCAGCAACACGCAGCAGAAGCCAUGGAAGCUCAUGGAGAAGUGCAGAGAAAGCUCAAAUCCCAUCAAAAGGAGUUCAAAAUAUAUAGGUGGAAUCCUGAGUAUCCCAAUCGCAAGCCUUUCCUCCAGUCUUUCUUCGUUCAGCUCUCUAAUUGUGGCCCCAUGGUUUUAGAUGCAUUGCAGAAGAUAAAAGCAGAGGAAGACUCGAGCUUGAGCUACAGAAGGUCAUGCAGAGAAGGGAUAUGUGGAUCAUGUGCGAUGAACAUUGAUGGAGGCAACACAGUGGCCUGCCUCAAACUUAUUGAUGCUGACACUUCAAAACCCACCAUUAUAACUCCUCUUCCCCAUAUGUUUGUCAUAAAAGAUCUUGUUGUUGAUCUCACCAACUUCUACCACCAAUACAAGUCGAUCGAGCCUUGGCUGAAGACGAAAAGGUUGCCUGAAGAUGGUCGGGAGUUCAAGCAAUCUCCGGUGCAACGGAAGAAGCUAGACGGAUUAUAUGAGUGUAUCCUUUGUGCUUGUUGUACUACUUCAUGUCCUCCCUAUUGGUGGAAUCCGGAAGAGUUUCUUGGCCCUGCUGCCUUGCUCCAUGCCUAUCGAUGGAUCUCUGAUAGCCGAGACGAUUUUGAGGAGGAAAGACUGCAGGCAAUAGCAGAAGACAAGACAAAGCUCUAUAGAUGCAGAACUGUAAAGAAUUGCACAGCCAACUGCCCCAAAAGCCUGGAUCCUUCCGGUGCUAUUCACCAAAUGAAGGCUAUGCAUUUGAUCUCAAAGUCAAAUAAUUAAGGCCCAUUUGUUAACUAUUUCGGAUUUUUUCCUUUUAUUUCGGGUUUUUUCCUUUUGUUAAUCUUUUCAAAGGGUCUCUCUUGUUGGUCAUAUUACCACAUAUUGAUCACUCACUCAUCUUUAAGAAUCCCUCAUACCUAUGAAAAUAUUUCCAAAGAGUCUCUUGUUGGUCAUGUUACCAUAUUUUGAUCA